AUGAUAAAAUAACUAUUUAAGUUGAGAGUAUUUACAUUUUGUCAAGAAGCUAAUUUUGGAUUUAAGAAGGUGAAACUUGAAGAAAAAUAAGAACAUGUUAAUUAGGUGUUUCAUAAUGUUGCUAAUAAGUACUUGUUUGUUUGAGAUAGUUAUGAUUUGAUGAAUGAUUUAAUGAGUGUUGGAUUACAUAGAUGUUGGAAGAAUUCUUUUGUUGAAGAAUUGGGACAAUUGAGAAAUGGAGAUUCAUAAAUUAGAGUCUUAGAUGUUGCAGGUGGAACUGGAGAUAUCGCCUUUCGUAUUCUUGAAAAACAUAAGGGAAAUAAUUUGUUUAAUGAAAAGCUCAAAAUUACAGUUUUAGAUAUAAAUUAAUCCAUGUUAGAUGUAGGAUAAAAAAGAGCAAAUGAGUUGGGAUACUAAAAUUGUAUUAUUGUUUUAUGAAAACAUAUAGAAAUCGAUUUUGUAUGUGCAAAUGCUGAAGAAUUACCAUUCGAGCCUAAUACUUUUGAUGCCUAUACAAUAGCCUUUGGAAUCAGAAAUGUGCCCAGAAUUCCUAAAGCAGUUGGAGAAGCUCAUCGAGUGUUGAAAUAAGGAGGAAAAUUCUAAUGUUUAGAAUUUAGUAAAGUUCAGAAUCCUAUUUUAUCUCUUGCCAAUUAAUUUUAUUAAUUCAAUUUUAUUCCCACAAUGGGAUAAUUAGUGUCUAAUGAUCGACAUUCCUAUUAAUAUUUAGUAGAGAGUAUUGAAAAAUUCCAUAGCCAAUAAGAGUUAUUAAAAAUAAUCGAGGAAGUUGGUUUUAGAUAUGCAGGAUUUAAGAAUUAUAUGGAUGGAGUUGUGGCUGUACAUUUUGGAUUCAAGUUGUGAUAAUAAUGUAUUGGGA